AUGUCGGACGCUUGGGAAGAAAUCCAAGCUGUGAAAAGCAAAAGGAACAGUUUGCGCGAGAAGUUAGAGAAACGUAAGAAGGAACGGCAGAAUAUCUUGAGUGCGAAUUUGGGUAGUGGAGAAAGGUCGGAAGGUUCACCUGGCAGUGGGAAGGAGAGGUUGGCAGCCAGUCCGUCUGCGGGGAAGCAUGAAGUUACUCCAGACAAACCAAAGGUGAUAGUACCGUCAGCAUCAUUAGAAGUGCAGCUCCUCCAAGUGCUGUCAGACAUGCAGCUGCAGUUGCCCGCAACUGCCAGUGCGCUGUUGCCUGGACUAGGUGAUGUCGAUGCUGGUAUUGUUGCCAGUCUACUACAGAAGUUUGCUACACAGAAACUUAUUACUAUAAAAGAAAGAACAGAGAGUACAACUGAUGCAAGCAUAGAGGUUGUGAGCGCAGAGUCUGUACGACUGGCUGCGGUACUGGCGGCUCUGAUGGAGGAGCAGAGCAAUGGCAACAAGAGAAAAGGUGACAACAAAACAGAAGAAGCGACUAAUCCUAAAGUAUCGAAAACAGCUACUGACGAGAAGAAGACAGGGAAGAAUGACACAGACAUUAUGUCCCUACUUGCAAUGCCUUCGAGCAGAGAGAAGGCAGUGAAGCGAGUCGGUGAGGAGAUCAUGGACCUGCUCAGCAAACCUACAGCCAAGGAGAAGUCUCUCGCUGAUAAGUUCAAGAGUCAAGGAGGCGCUCAAGUAAUGGAAUUCUGUCCGCACGGUACUCGCGCGGAAUGUAUGCGAGCGUUCACUACAAGUAAGUCUGAGGACGGAGAGGACAGUACGUACUCCUGCAAGAAGCUUCACUUUAAGAAGAUCAUCCAGGGACACACGGACGAGUCGCUCGGAGACUGCUCCUUCCUCAACACUUGCUUUCAUAUGGACAGUUGCAAAUACGUUCACUACGAAGUUGACAAUUCAGAUCCCAAUGCGAACGCACCGAAACCUCCCGAAACUACACCCAAAGGCAACCACAACGGUACAAGUGUAGUGAGCAAACCGGACGGAGUGUUAACACUGACGCCGCCGCAGUGGAUACAAUGCGACCUCAGAUACUUAGACAUGACGUUCUUAGGUAAGUUCGCAGUAAUAAUGGCGGACCCGCCGUGGGACAUCCACAUGGAGUUACCGUACGGGACUAUGUCGGACGAUGAGAUGAGAUGUCUGGGCGUGCCUCAACUACAGGAUAGCGGACUCAUAUUCCUAUGGGUGACUGGCAGAGCAAUGGAACUAGGUCGCGAGUGCCUCAAGCUAUGGGGCUACGAACGAGUGGAUGAACUGAUCUGGGUGAAGACUAACCAACUACAGCGGAUCAUACGUACCGGCCGGACUGGGCACUGGCUGAACCACGGCAAGGAACACUGCUUGGUUGGUAUGAAAGGCAGUCCAGAGAACUUGAACCGUGGGCUGGACUGUGACGUCAUCGUAGCCGAGGUGCGCGCCACCUCGCACAAACCAGACGAGAUCUAUGGCAUCAUCGAGAGACUCAGUCCAGGAACAAGGAAAAUAGAACUGUUUGGCAGACCACACAAUGUUCAACCUAAUUGGAUCACGCUAGGCAAUCAAGUGGACGGCGUACGUUUAGUAGAUCCUGACUUAAUCGCAGCCUUCAAGAAACGUUACCCGGACGGCAACUGUAUGGCGCCGCCGCCGCCUGACCCGGGUCUAGCGUAG